UUUAAUCGGUCUUUUAAUCGUGAAAUACGUAUUCAAGAAAAAAUUGUAUCUAUUCAAAGUUAAGUGAAAUUUGUGAAGAAAAGAAAGUUUUGCAAAAUAGUUCAAAAUGCCAGUGCUUACUCCCCACGUACCUGAUGGUCUCAUUGACCUUAUGAAGGCUCUAACGAAAAGUAUCCUAAAGGAGAAACCGGAAGAUAUCUAUAAAUUUGCUAUGCAACACUUUGAAAAACUAAUAAUCGAGAGGGAUGGAAACUUGGAUAAAGGAUACGAGCGUUUUAGGAGUGAAAGUCAAUAUUUCAAGGAGAAAAAGGAAUACGAAAAGUUAUUGAAGAAAAAUCAACGAAGUGCCGAGAAGGCACCAAUAAAGGAACAAACAGAAGUUGCUUCAGACGAAAAUGUUACUGAAGAAAAGGACACUCAAUCGGCCCAAGCAGUUCAACGUACGAAUAAGUUCAAAACGAGAAAAUUGAGUUCACGCAAACCUUCGGAGACCUUGAUUGCUAUUAAGGAGGAGGACGGCGAAGAAACAGCUAAACACGAAUUGGAUAAUGAAAUGCAAAGGCGAGAGUGGGCGGCUUUCAAAAUCCAGAGAGCCUUCCGCCGUUUCUAUGAGAAAAUUAAAAAGGGUGGCAGUGGUGGGAAGAGUAAAAUGUCACAGGAAACAGCCGCAUUAAUUAUACAAAGGACUUUGAAGACUAUCUUUAGACGUAAAAAAUUGGAUGAUGACAAAACGGAGCAGACUAAAUUGGAUGAUUCAGUAGAUAUUACGCCUAGAAUUGAUUCGUCUGAAGUGGACAAAAUGGAAACGGACAUAAGCACAGAAGUCAGUAAGGAAAUGUCAGCAGUUCCUGCGGGAAAUAUAAAGAAAAGUUUAGGUUUUCCUCUUCGGCAGAAUAGUGAUGACCCACAUCCCUCCAUAGCGUUUGGCGAACGAUGCGCUGAAGCAGAUGAGAAACAAGAUUUAUUGAAAUCAGAUCUGAAAAUAGAAGAUAGUGAUGCGGGUCCUUCCACUGAUGUCAAAACUGACGAAGUAGAUCCGAUGCACCAAGGAUCACAGGAAAGUGAAGUUGUCAAGAAACAAAGCCUAGAGGAUAGCAUACCUAAGGAACAAGAUGAAGAGAAAGAAAUUGUUGACAAGGGGGCUGAAAAGGAUUUAGAUUCUCAUGAAAACGAAAAUGCAGAAGAAACAAAACUGGUCGAUACCAAGGAUGGAAUUCUGACUAAAGAAAGUUCAUCUGAUCUUCAAAUUGGUAAAGACAAAGAUCAGCCUCAACAAAGAGGGGACACUGAUAAACAGAGUAAUUUGCAGGGAGAUGAGGUUUCUUCAAGUAUAGCCCAGGAAGAAAAAAUAUCGGAACAAGGUGAAGAAAAACAUGUGGCAGAAAAUAUUCUCAAGGAGCCUGGUAAAACCACGGAAGGUAAAUCUGAUGAAAAGCACGUUGAAAAUGGGCUAAACAAGCAGGAAGAAGUUAAGGAUACUGCGAAGAUCGAAAAUGGUGAUUCGUUGGGUAAUGAGCACUUAAUUCCAAUGGAUGACACUGUCGGAAGUUUGGCAAAAAUGUUAAAACAUGAAAAAGAAGAAAAGGAAUUGGAUGAAACUGAUAAAAGUGAAAAGCUUGAUAGCGCUCAGAAGGAAAUUACAGAUGAAAAAAAAGCAGACGGAAAAUCACCAAAUCCACCAGAUUCGUCUGGAAACAUGGACAAUUUGCAAGACAAAGCUGAUAACCAGGAUUCGAAAGAUACUGCUGAAAAAUCCCACGAUCACUUAGUUCCCAUGGAUGACACUGUGGAAAGUUUGGCAGACAUGAUUAAACACGAAAAGGAAGUAAAAGAAAUGGAUAAAACUGACAAGGGGGAAUUGGCCGAGCGCUCCUCUUCUGAAUCAUCCGAUGUCAAAACAGCUGAGGAAGAAGCUAUAAGAGAAGUUACAGGUAAAGUAACAGCCGCAGAUACUUCUAAGAGCGAUGGCAAGUUGGAAAGCGAAGCUGAGAAUCAGGAUUUGAAAAAUAUUGGUGAAGAAUCCGACAACCACUUAGUUCCAAUGGAUGAUACUAUCGAAAGUUUGGCUAACAUGAUAAAACAUGAGAAAGAAGAAAAAGAAAUGGAUAAAGGUGAUAAGAUUGAAGAGGCUAAGAGUCCCUCUUCUGAACCCACUAAUGUCGACAAGGACCACGAACAAGGUACUGAAAAAAUAACAAGCGCGAAAAAGGCAUCAGCUACUUCUGGAAACUCUGACAAAUUGAAACCCGGAGUUGAUGGCCAGGACACCAAUAUUGCUGAAGACUCCGACAAACACUUAGUUCCAAUGGAUGACACCGUAGAAAGUUUGGCGAACAUGAUAAAGUACGAAAAGGAAGAAAAAGAAAUUGAUAAAACUAAUAAAGGGGAAGAAGACCAAAGCUCUUCUUCAGAGCCCAGAAAAGACAAUAACGUCGAGAAGAAAGAUAUAGAAGAAAUAGUAAGUGAUAAAAAAUCGAUAGAUACCUCUGGAGACCAUGAAAAAUUGGACGAAAAAGGUAACAGUCAAGAUUCGAAAGCCAAUGCUGAAAAAUCCGAUAACCACUUAGUACCAAUGGAUGACACCGUGGAAAGUUUGGCAAAUAUAAUAAAACAGGAAAAGGAAGAAAAAGAAAUGGAUAAAACUGGUAAACCUGAACAGGGCGAGAGCUCCUUUUCUGAACCCACGAAUACCAACAGCUCCGAGGCGAAUGGUAUAGAGGAAGUAAUAAAUGAAAGAGAAUCAGUACAUGCUUCUGGAAAGGAUAAUAAGUUAGAGGAGACAGUUGACAGUGAGGAUACGAAAAAUAUUGUUGAAAACUCUGGCGAAAACGCCGAGAAAGCUUCGGAUAUGAAAGAAACGUCAAGUGCAGAUAGCCAUUUGGUACCUAUGGAUGGCACUCUAGAAAGUCUAGCAAAGAUGAUUAAACAUGAAAAAGAUGAAAAGUUGCAUGAAACUGACCCUCCUGUCGAAAAAAGUACUACCGAUACCAUUGAAUCUACUUCAGAAAACCCAGGAAAUCCAAGCUCAGAAGAAAAUCAAGAUGAAGUGAACUCGGAAAUUGGUGAUGGACCUGGUGAAAAAGUUAUGAUAACAGCCACAGCUGAAGAAACAGAGCCGCUAAUACUUGAAAAUGAUAUUUUAUCUGGAGAAAGUGAAACCAAAUUUGAUCAUUUAGCAGAAAAAGGGUCGGAUUUAACGAAAACUCAGGAAGACAAUGAAAGCGAAAAAAAGAAUGAAAACCAAAGUGAAGAGAGUUCGCAUGGAAUUGGGGCCCCUGGGGCAAAGGAUUCGAAUGAUGCCUCCUUGUUAGCUACUGAAACGACUCCACAGAAGGAUGAAACUGACAAAGCAGCAACUGAAUCCACUGAACAAACUGGAGAUCACGUGAAUGGUGAGCAAAUUUCGGACGAGGGUUCAGAAGAGAACAAAGACAACCCUAAGGUACAAUCUUUAGAAGACAAAGAAGAAACUCAUGAGGAGUCAUCUAAAGAUGAACUGACAGAAGCCGAAAUAAAGGCCAUAGAAGCAGAAAUAAUCGAACCAGAAAUUGUGCAGAAGACAAAUAGUUUGACUGAAAGCGCAAAAGUGGAAGAACAGGACCCUCCCGCAGGUAAACCUGAAAGCAAGGCUGGAUCAGUUAAAUCAAAUGCGGACGAUAAAGAGGACCAUCAAGAUGAGGAAGUGAGCAAAAAAUCUGACUCCGACUCCGCAUCUGCUGAAAUUGGUGCUUCAGGAGGAAUUCCAAAAGGCGGUGCUUCGGCAAAAGAAAAAAGUAACGGAAAUGAAGCGUCUGAGGAUGCAACGAGCAUUGGAUUAAACAUAGAAGGUGAUGAAAUUUCAGAAGGUGAUGCCCCAGCGAAAGAAAGUAGUGGCGAUAGUGUUGCACCUGAAGUUGCGGCGGAUAUUGGAGUGAACACUAAAGACUCCGUGGCACCUACUGAGAUUCAAAAUGGCGACGUAAAUGAGACAGCUGGUGUUACUGAAGCUCUCUCAGGAGAAGAUAUAUCCCCCGUCCAAGGAAGUAAAUCCGUUGAUUUGGAUAAAGCAAGUGGUGUCGAACCUGAAGUAAUAGUUGAAACAAUUAAACAUGAAAACCAGGCUUUACCGAAAAAGGAAAGCGAUGACAAGUCAGCAACUGAUGAGCAAAAGGAUGAAAACUUGGAUCAAGACAAGGCCAACACUCAAAAGGAAGAGCAUGCGCAAAACCUUACCAAAUCAUCGCCGCAAAAUGUAGAUAAUCCGAUACAACCUACGGAAGAUGUUGACACCAAGGCAGGUUCUGAAAUUCACUCAGAUGUAGAAAAACGUCAUUUGGAUAGCCAAGAAACUGGUCAAUUUUCCGUAAACGAGGAAAAUCAAAAGGAAGCUGAAAGUCAAGAUAAAUCGGUCGAAUUGGCAAGCGCACCUCAAAACGACGAAUCUGUUCCAGACAAAGUUGACACGCCUGAAUCCGACCACGUGAAUGGGGCAAGCUCCUCACUUUUGAACGAGUCAACCUCACCUCUAUCCACCGAAUCAAAGCAAGAAAAUGAAUUGCCAACCGACGAAUCCGCUUCAGAGAAAACUUCAAAUAGCAAAUCUGACAGUCAUGAUAACAAUACUGAAGAAACGCAGUCAGAGGAGGGUCCAUCAUCACAACAAAAAGACAACUUACCUGAAUCUGCUCCUGAGUCCAAAAAGGAAGCUGAAAACGUUUCUGAUUCAACAGAUAUAUUAAAGGGUGGAAUACAAACCACCGCAGUUCAAGAUGACGCCGGUGAUUCAGGGAAGUUACCAGAAAAUGGUGACUCAGAAGGAACUGCUAGUACUGAAAGCAGUGAUCCGAAGGAACCAUCAUCCUCAAAGGAUGAAAAUGUUCCUGUUUUGGCAGUGGAAGUCUCUGAGGCGGAUGAAAAGAAGUUAGGGGGAGGAAUCAAAGAAAAUUCGAAGGAAUUACCUUCAGCUCCACUGGUGGAACAGGAGGUCCCUCCCGAAAGUGUUGACUCAAAAGCUACUUCUGAUCCACUAACUGACGCGAAAGAAAGCGGGGUUGCCUCCGAUUUUGAAAAAAGUAAAGAGCUUACCACGACUAGUGAAAAUGCCAACUGGAAUGAAGAAAGUCUAGCAGAAUCUAUUCGUGACUUUAAAGGGAGAACAAGUGAUUCAACUAAAAUAGUGGGAGAAGAUGAAAAACUUGUGAAAGAUCAACCAGCAACUGCAGUAUCUACAAUGGGAUCUGGGGCCAAUUUCGAGGAUGAAAGUAACACAUUUCCUCCAGCAACUUCGAAUGCAGCUAAUGGGCAUAAAGAUGAGUUGCCACAGGAAGUUGAUAAUCUGAGCAUAGAGGAUAAAUCCCAAGGUAAGUCAACAGACGAUAAUGGAAAAUCAAAUGACGAUUUCGCUUUAGCGGACUCUGAGAAUAUUAUAGAAAGUAACCCUUCCGAAAAAUGGUCCGAAGUGCAGCCUGACAAAAAUGCUGAGAAUAAAACCUCAACUAAUAUGACUGCCGAGUCCAAUCCAAACCUAGGUAACCCUUCGUCUGAGUUAGAUUUAGAAAACCAAACAGACGAAGACAACAUGAGCGAAGCAGAGCUCUCUGGAGUCAUAUUCGAAGACGGCGAAAAUAAAGAAAAUGAAGCAGGAAAUCCCCAACAAAUGAACAAAAAUAAUACAAAAUCUAACAUGCAGGGAACACCAAAGUCUGACAAAGAAUUAAAUCCCGUAGAUGAUUUCAGUAAUGCAGAUGUAAUUGGCAACCAAUUGGUAGAAGCUAGAAAUGAUUUAGAAAUAACAGAUGAUAGUAGAUAUGUACCUGAUUCGAACUUGUGUGAUACUAACAAUAAGGAUAAGGCUAGUGAACUUAAUCAAAGUGAUAUAGAAGAAAGUAAUGGCAGGAAACGGACGAAAAGAUCUCUCUCACCGUUUGAUUCUCUCGAUGGGAGUAGUUGUGUGCGACAGCAGUUUGAUGAUGAUUUUGUGAAUAUAGAGGAUCCCUGGAAAGCUGCAAAUGAAGUCGGUGAUGACGUGACAUCGAAUGAAAAAGACCACUUGAAAAUAGCUUCAGUGCCAGGCGAGUUUGGUACCAGCAAAGAACCUGCCGUCGAAAAUGUUCCUGAAAAAGUGAAUGGAGAUUCAAUGAAGACAUUUGCUGAACCAUCCGAUAAAGCCCCAAAGAAGCCUGAAAAGACAGAUAUAGUAAAUAGGAACGACAAAAGUAAAUCGGUAGAAGAAAAACCUAAAUCAGGCAAGAAUCCAGGCUCGGCUCAGCAAAGAGCGAGAGAUGUUGCAGGCAAGAUAACCAUUAAGGAUGCACAAAAACAACAUCAACCGGAUAACUCACCUGGAUCAGACCCCAGUUUAGGCAGCGUAGGGGAAAAGAAGCAAGAAACUGGAGCCGACCGCAGACCCAGUUCUGUAAAAAAUAAGGACCAAAACCAACCAUCAUCUGAUUCCGGAAAACCCGUAUUAUUGGAUAAUGGAAAAGUUGUCAGUAAAGACGGUGAACCUAUGAGUGAACCACAAACUACACUUCAAAUUACAAAACCUAAAUCAGAAAUAGGUUCGACUAGUUUAGAUGAAAGACAAGUGUCAGAAAUUUCACAAAAAGAUCAAAAUGUAGCUAAGGAUCUGAAAAAUGAAGGAACGAAUGUAGGCAGCUCUCCGAAACGAGCUGUUGAAAAUUUGUCAAAUCCCACAAAGGAUCUAUCUAGUGAGGCAGAGGAAAAAUCAAAGGCAGAAAAAAAUGGAGAUACGACUACGGAAAACUCUAAGAACCAACUUGCAAGCAAUUCGUCAAACCCCACAAUAUCUGCACCCAGUGAAGACAAAGGAAAAUCAAAGAUGGGAACAAACGGAGAAACUAGUUCUACAAACCCAGGGGAAGGAAGUUUGUCAAAUCCAACAGUGCUUUCCUCCGCUAAAACUGAAGAAGAACCAAAGGAAGGAACCAAUAAAGAUUUUGAAAUUUCUUCAUUUGAAAACAAUGCACCGACUGACGGUUUCAAAGAAGAAACAAAAGAUCGAAAGGAUAAGAAGGAUGAAACUAUUCCAGAGUACAAAAGCGAUAAUCCACAACCAGAAACUGAGGAUGCUGGCGUUGAAGUAUCCAAGGAGAUCAAUCCCUUAAAUAUAACCUCGGAACCAAAAUUGGAAGAGCAGAUAGCUACUACUGCAAACCAUCAAGAAAAAGAAAAGAACCCUCAUGACAUAACCCAUCCAAACGAUACAAAAUUGGAUAACGUUUUAAAGAAUACCCAAGAGGUUUCGUCCAAUACUAUACCUUCAGCCCCUAUUGAUAGUAACUCGCUCAAUGUGACAAGUGACAAGGAAAAGGAUAAUGGACCUCAGGAAAGUAAUAUAAAAUCUGCUUUGGCCGACAGUGAAAAAGAGCAACAGCAUGAAAAACGUGAAAUUAAUUCGAAAACUAACAUUGAGGGUCAGCCACGAGCCGAAAAAUCUAGUAUGGAAGCUAACCCUCAGACGGAGGUGGCCGCAGUUAAGAAGAACGUCUCCGGGGUAGAAGCUCAAAUGGUAACAAAACCUACAUUACAUGAUGCAGACUUCGAAAGGUCAAAAAUGAAAGGUCAUUCGGAACAAGAAGCAGAACCGACUUCUGAUAAUAAACUGAUAGGGUUGCAGCCAGAAAGUAGUGAGGAUAAAAAUGUCUUAUUGCCGAAAAAUAGUCCACCAGAUACCAUUGACCAAGAAAAGACACAUCUUGAACAGGAUGAAACUAAUUUGAAAACCAACUCUGAAAAUGCACUUAGUGACUCACAAAAACAAGCUGAAAUUGAUCAACCUGCAGCUGGAGACAAUCCCUCGCAGUCAAAGGUGUCAUCAAAGAUUCAAUCAGGUGAAAGCAAAGUUGUGGCAACUAAAACUCAGGAGCCUGAAAAAUCUCCAUUGGUUAACACCGAGUCUACUGACCAAAAAUUGGAAAACCCUUCGAAAAAGGAGGAAGAAGCUCACCAAGAACCAACGGCACCAUUAUUUAAUGAAGAAACUGAAAAAUCCAAUAAUGACAUCGAUAAAGAUAACAAAGCUUCACAAAGUUCAUCUGACAAAAUUGAGGAUCUUGACACUGAAAAGUGUGAAAGUAAUAUGAAAAAUACCCCUGACAAUGGGCCCAUGGAUCCAAAACAGGAAAUUAAAGAACCAACUGCAGAGACACUCCAUCUGGCGCAGAUGACAUCGGGGAUUACUCCAAAGAAAGAAGAGAGUGCAGCAGACGCCUCUCAGGAAACAACCAAGUCCCCAUCAGAUAGCGAGAACGCCGGAGGAGUAAAAAGUGAGGAUCUUUCAAAGCAACCUGAGGAAAAACUCUCAAUUCCUAAGUGUGGAACGGAAAAUCAAGAGGUUAAUGCAGUAAACGAAAUCGAGAAAAAGGAAGACACGAAGAACGGAACCAUCUCCGCCGUCGAUAAUAAAAAUGUGGACUAUGACCCGCAACAACCAAGUAAUGGACUUACUCCAAAAAGAAGUGAUGAUCCUGCUCAGCAAUCAGAGAUGCUUUUGAAAACAGACAGUAAUAAAGAGGCAAAUGUAUCAGUGGAUGAUCAGGAGUCAGAUAAACCUUUAUCCAGCAAUAAGAAGCAGGAAAAAGAUCAUCUUUCAAAAGAAAUUGCGGGGUCAAUAGAAAAUCCCCAACAGGGUCCCCUUAAUGAUAAAGGAGAAAACUCGAAAAUAAUAAGCGACAAAAAUAAGGAAGAAUCACUUCUAGAAAAAAUGGUACCGCCCAACUCAACGGAUAAGGUAAAAGAGCAGAAAGAGGAAAGCAACCAAGGUACCUCGAAGGAAAAGAAAGAAGAGAAACCGAAUGAGUUGCAAAAACAUAACAUAGACGCUAAUCUAGGUAUGACCCAACCCAUGCCGGAAUCAGAAGAAUUUACUAAAUCUUCUUCCGCAAUAAAUGGAAAGGAAACAGUUCCCGAUAAAACUGAAGACGCAUCUAAGAAUCCUCCAGUGAAUAUACCUGGAGAUGUUGGAAAGAUGGCCAGCGUGAUGGCCAAGGAUUCUGAUGAGAAGAAAAUUCAUGAGAUAAGAGAGGAAGUUUCUUCGGAUCCUAAACCUAGUCCAGAAAAGUUAAUAAAAGAACUAGCAAAAGAAACGCUGUUGAAUAAAGACAAGAACGAUGAAAGCGAGUCUAACGAAGCUGCCAGGCAAGUGUUCACUGAAGAAAAACCCUCAGAUCACCAAGAUGAAAUGAAAGUUGUUCAAGAACAAACAUUAUCGGAUCAUUCUCCAUCAAAAAAUUCCGAAGAUCAAACUUCGGAAAAAUCCAAAAAUAACCCCGCUGAUUCUGCCACUAAAUCUGGCCAUUCACAUUCGGAACUGGAUAAGAAAGUUGCGGCAGAAACCACGGAUGAUCGUUCCUUAAACUUAGCCGUAUCAGAGAAAACCAAUGGAGCUAAAACCAGUGACGAAACCAUUGACAAACAUGAGUUACCAGACCCUGGAGAGACAGUGCGAAACCCAAGUAGGCAAAGUAGCGCAAAUAAAUUAACAAGCCACUCAGAGAAACCGGCAAUUGAUGAUGUUGCUCUAAAAGACCCAAAGUCAGGGGAAUCUGCAGCAUCUGGUUCCAAAGGAACUCAACCUGAACAACAUCAAAAAGACACUCAACCAACUGUGGUAAGUUUAAAUCCUGACGUACACGAAAUGGAAGCUACUAAACUAAAUGUCAGUCCUGUUGGUGAAGUCUUCAACGAGAUAGAAUCUGCGAAACCUAUAGAUAAAGCAUCGACAAGUGAAGCCUCAAGAUCUCCAAAUAAAGAUACAAGUUCGUCCAAAGCGGGCUCUGAAAACCGCAAAGAAAUAGGAACUGAGCUGAGAAGCAAGGAUGAGCCUAUCGUAGAUAAACCAGAAGAUAAGACCAAUUAUGCAAGUGAAUUAACAGAUGGUAAAAAAAUUGACCGUUUGACGGAAAAAAAAUCUGAUAGCAGUGCAGAAGAGAAUGAUCAAUUAGCAAAGACUGGCAACGCUAGUCGUAGUUCCAACAGAGAUAAGACAAGUUCAGCAAAAUCUAAACGAGAAAAUGGGAUGACAAAAGAAGAACCUGCGAAUGAAGCAGAUAAUGCAAAAUCUAUGAAUCCUGCCUUGGAUUCGGCAGUCAGUAAAGAUCAAACCAAAACCACAAGUCCAUCAAUAGAGAAAUCAGAGAACAUAACUGAUAAACUAAGUGUGGCCGAAGAUUCCAAGGACAACUCUGGGAAAGUCAACACAGUGAGUAUAGAAAGUCACGAUCCAAAAGCAAAAACAACUGGUGAUAAAGACUCGUAUGAUGAGAAAAAAGAGGAAACACCAAGUAAGGACAAAACGCUAAGCUCUGAAUAUGAUCCUAAAAACAGUUCGACUCACUCGAAGGUCAAGGGCCCUGGAGAACAAAAAGAAGAAGACUUGACCGUACUCCAGAAUGACAUACCUGUCCCAAUUCAACAGAAAAUGGAGGCGGAAGAAACAUCACUUAAAAAUGAGACUACUGAUCCACUUAAGAAAGUUCUGUCUCUGGAAUCCGCAGGUGAUAUUCCUAGUCCUGAUAAAACUGGACAGGGAUUAACUAAUUCUAAUAUUGACGAACAUAAAACUGACAAAAAAGGGACGGAGGAAAAGCACUCUACUAACGAACUACUUGCAAAUACUGCAGCUAACCCUAAUAGGGAAGACACGAAGAAUACUGAACAAAUAGAAUCUCCUAGGAAUAAUACCAGAAAAGGUUCAAAGGAUUUGACGAAACCCAGUAGUGAUAUCAAACCAGAGGAAAAUUUAAGUAAACCCAGCUCAAGUAAGAUUGAUACACAUGAUAAUAGCUUGCCUGUAAAUACAAAUGAGGACAAACAGACAGUUAGUAAACCAACUGAAAAACCACAGGAUAGUUUUAAUGAGCAGAAAGAUUCUAAACCAGAGGAUGAAAAGCCAGCAAAGUUGACUAGCAAAAUAGAGAAGCAAGGUUCAGCUAAAUCUCAUGACUCUAAACGUUCUGAGGAAAAAAAUAGCUCCGAAAAUCUUCCAGGAGCAGCAACUGGAACUUCCAAAUUGGCUGGUCAAGACACCCCAUUUGAAAAUGUAGAAAAUAAAUUCCAAAAUGAAGCACAUGUUAAGUCAGACAUCACUGAUCUCAAGGAGGAUAGCACCACUUCACCAACUGAAUUAGUGGUUGAGGAACCUGUAACUUCUAAGACAUAUAAAACGGUAGAAGCAGGAAAUGUCCAAAAGGAAUUUAAGAGCAAUGGCUCCACUGUGGAACAAGAUGAUCCUGUAACUGCUGAUAAGGGCUCACCUGUAAAACACAAUCAUCCUGAGACUGCUGAGAACGACUCCACUGCAAAACGCGAUGACCCUUCGACAGCUGACAACAGCUCAAAACCACUCGCUGAUACUGACCCCAACUCAGCAAAGUCUGAUGAUGGAGCCAAAUCAAUCUCGAGGCAAACUACAGUUGAAGUUGGCUCUCCAGAAUAUGACAAAAUGAAAAUGGAACCUAAUUUAAUGCCGGAAGAAAGUAAAGCUACUGCUAGGCUAGAUAAUUUACAAAACCAAAAGAACCUCGAAGUUCAAACGCCUAACGCACUUGAAAAGGAUUUAGAAUCGACCAGCUUUAAAGAAGAAACUUCAAAUCCACUUGAAGCAAAUAGUAACAAGUCUGAUGAAGCUAACAAUAAACUGCAUGUUAAAAAUGUCAAUAUCAAACCAGAAACCAGUGACGGGCCACCACCGAAAUCCACGAGUGAAACCUCUGCUGAUGGUGAUACCAAAAAUCCGGAACAAAUACGGGAAAACCUCACAAAGGAAGAUAAAACGGAAAUUAUGACCAUUAACAGCAGUGAUAAACUCGCUCCAUCAACCUCAAUUACAGGUGCGGUUGAUGAAGUAGCAGGAAAGACGUUAGAGGACGGAAGUUCAAAACAAGGUAAUCUCAAGGAAAAGUCGGAAGACCUUAAGGAUAGCAAAGAGCAAGAUACAAUUCAGAAACAAGAGGAAGUUAAAGAUAACGAAAAUCUAAAAGAUGAAAACCAAACACAUCACUCCACCAAACAUCAAGACGCAAAUCAGAAGCAAGGAGAGGAGAAAGAUCAGAAAGAUGAAAAGAGCUCUUCAAGGAUUGGUGCAGAUUUUAAGGAAGAAACCCCAUUCAGCCCUACAUCAGGUUCUACUGAAAGUAACUUGAGCUCCGAAGGCAAUGGGACUCUACCUGAAACCAUUCAAACUAACCUCGCUCCUUUAGGUAACCUCAAAGGUGGACUGAAUAAUAAGCCAGAAAAGCAGGGUGGAAUGGUUCACUCCUCCAGCGACAAUGUAGAAAGCACUCUUGCCAAUUCUAUUCUGUCAAAGGAGGAGGAAAUCAAAGAACCCAACAAGGAGCAAAAAGGGUUUGAUAUAGAGAAGCAAUUCAAUGAACCCAAGAAAGAGCAAAAAGGCUUGGAUAUACAAAAGAAAUUCAAUGAACCGAACGAAGACCAAACGGGCUCUGAUGCACAGAAGGGAACCAAUGAACUCAACAAAGACCAAAAAGGCUCUGGUGAACACAAGGAAAUCAAUGAUCCCAAGAAAGAGCAAAAAGGUGUUGAUGCAAUGAAAAUGAAGGAAGACAACUUAAAGGAAAAGACAUCUGAAGAAGAUAAAACGAAAAUAGCCACAGGUCCUCAACUUGGUGAAACAAGUGAGGGAGAAACUUUAAGUCAUGCUUCUGCAGAAAAACUUCCAUCAGCUAUUGAUGGAAGCAUUCCCCAGCAAAAUCCUGAAGAUACCACAAAACCAGCAAAAAUAAAGAAGGAAACAGAAGUUGGCGAGGCUAGUGAUUCUCAGAGAAAAGCAACAUCAGAAACCAAAGCUGAUGACAUAAAAGUUGUUGAAGAUCCAAAAAAUACCAAACCAGAUCAGCUGGACAAAACGGCAAACGAUACCCAAGACGUGGAUGAUAACAUUGAAGGCGUUUCUAGAGCGGCGAAUCAGAGCCAAGUCAAGGACAAUGAUGAAGUUAGUACUGAAAUAAAAUCUGAUCAGAAGCUUCCUACUUCAAAAGAGGAUGGAACUACUGCAGAAAGCCCCAAUGCGAAUGUCGAAGGAAAGGAAGAUAGUAAGGAUAAUACCAAAACAGAAUCUCUUGAAAAGAAAACUGUUUCGCCCUUACAAUCAGCAACAAAGGCUCCACAAAAAGAUCCUAAAAAUGAGGAAACAUUAGUUGAUAGUGACAAAAAUAAGGAUUCUGAUACAAAAAAAGCUGGUCAAGGUUCAGAAAAGAAGGAUCCAGUUAAAGUGGUCUCCCUUCCUGAAGUUUCAUUGAAACCAAAAGAAGGACUCGAGGGUCAACAUAUUGACAACAUUGCUGAAAAUUCUGAACCAACUAUGGGCCACGAAAAUAGGGUCGAAAAGGAUUCAGAUGAACCAACUGCCAAAAAGACGGAUCUAAGUAAUGUUACUACCGAGCCAGCUUCGCAAGUUUCCCAGGAGGGUACCAAGAAAGGAUCAGAUAUAACAUUAACGCAACCAAGUGAUGAGAGGUAUAAUAAGUGGAUGAUGCUUCAGCCUGCUAAAGAAGAUGAAAACCGAUCUUCAAAUGAAAUGAAACUUCAAGAUGAAGGAGAUAUUGAUCCUGCUUCUGUUGUACUAUCUGACCACCUAACACAGAAAAGUGAGCCUAAUAUUGAUGGAGAAACGGUUGAAGAAAUUAUUCCUCAGAAACAAAUGCCAAAGAUGCUGGCUAAAUCCCCUUCAAAAACUGAAAAAAUGCCUACAAGUAGCGACGAAACAAAUAAGGGUGGUGAAGAACCGUCGAAAUCAUCAAAAACUGAACACAAUGUUCCGACAUCCGCAAAUAAAUAUGGGAAGAUUGAGGAAACUUUAGACUCAAAGGAGAAGUUGGCACAUACUCCAAAAUCGGAAUCGGAAGAUGGUGAAGCAAAGAAAACUGACGCAGUAAAGCUAGAAGAAAAAAGUCCUUCAACACUCGACCUUAAAAAAGUUGAAACUGAGACUAAGAAAGGUGAUGCCGACGCUAAGCAAGAUGAUAAUGGGGUGAAAAAAGGUGAUACCGAGGAUAAGAAAGAUGAUCCUAAGGACCAAGCUGGAAAUGUCAGUAAGGACAAAAAGGAGGAUGAAGUAGUAGAAAAGAUAACUUCAGAUAAAAUACAAGGAGAGGAAGAUCUCGUGGAAAAAGCUAAAAAUUUUAGAGAAGUCACUCCAGGGACUUCACAAAGUAAUGCAGUGAUACCCAACACCCAAAUCCAAACCAAUAUCGAACAGACUUCUGCUGAUAAUCAUGAUUCAAACCGUGCUAAGGAGAGUCUGCCUCUUGGGGAUAAAAAACAAGAAAAUUUCGAUUCGGAGAAAGCAUUGUCAUUGCCUAAAAGUGCAACUGAAAAAGUAACUCCGUCUACUUUUGAAAGAAACUUUUCCAAGACCGUGGACUCCACACCAGAGAAAUAUGACAAAAAAGAAAGCCAAACAAAGCUUGACAAAAACUUGGAUGGAAAAGGACAAAUAACAGAGUCAGCGGUUAAACCGAGUAAAUCUCAAGAAGGUCAACUAGAAAUGGAAACUCCUAAAGAAGCCAUCUCCGUAAAAUCGACUGAAGAUAAUGAUCCAAAAAAGGCUAAAGAAAAGAUGCAGUCAACCUUAAAAGACGAUGUAGAAAAAAGUGAGGGAAAACCUACUGAAGCAGAUAUUUCAAAAAGUAAGACUGAAUCAACUUUAAAAGAGGAGCCGGAGAAAAUCAGAAAAGAUAGUGCAAAAUUAGUUUCAAAGGCUUUUUCGGGUAAACUAACUGACAAACAUGAAGUGCUAAGUGAGACAAUGGUGUCUCCCCCUAAAUCGAGUAAGACAAGUGCAAACAAAUUCGAAGAAAAAGACAAAUUAGAACAAGGGAAUUUGGAGAAAGCCAAAGACAGUACGUCAGAAAAAAAUAGAAGCCAACUUGAACCAACCGCACCAGUGGUGUCUUCUACUAAAGCAAGUGAUUCACUAAAGCCCCAAACUUUAUUAAAUGAUUCAAUGGUGUCAGAUUCCAAUCAGCAAGCAUCUAAUGCAGCGACAUCUUUCUCAUCAGAAGCUUCAUCAAUGAGUCCUCAUCCAAGCAAAAGGAAUCUAAAGAAAUCACACAGUGCAAUUACCGAUUCACCCAAUGGUAAAAACAAGAGCGUUGAAGGCAGAACCAAAUCUGCAAAAGAUGAGUUGCAUGCUGAAAAUAUUACAAGUUCCUCUGUGCCGCUCCUAAGCACUGAUCAUGAUUUACCCAGGAAUGAGGGUGUUUCACCAAUUGAAGACAAGAAAGACGAACUUACUGAUGUUGAGGAAAGCAAGAAACCUGGCAUCACUAAACAUGUUUCUUCCAAAAAUUUGAAGCCUGAUUCAGUAAUCUCAACAGAAGAAAGUAUCUCAGAAGCAAAAUCUCAAUUAUCGACCGAGAAACAACAAACUAAAGAUGACAUUUCUAACCAAGAUAUCGAAAAAGUAGAUUUAGCAGCAAUUGAAUCACAAAUACUGACCCCUGAAGCCGAUAUUACUAAGAAACCUCAUGAUGAGAAAGCCUCUGGGAGUGAUAUUAGUAAUACUGACUCCGCAGCCAAACAAAUUUUCGACGCUGCAGCGAAAACGAUCCAACACGCUUUCCGUAGUUACAAAGACCAUAAAGAUGAGCCUCAGCCCGAUAAGGACACGAGUUCGUCCAGUGACAUUAAAAGCUUAAAAUCCCUUGACCCAGAGCGAAAAACGAGUAUUACAAUUGUGGAAACAAACAAUGGAUUGGAUGUUGUUGCCCAUGAUACCGACUCAAAAGCCAUCUGGUAUGUUGGGGAAGAACCAAUUAUUCCAACAGCAACACCAACUAAAGAGAUCGAACAUCCUUUUGAAAAUAUUUCUACAGACUCAGUUGUUUUUGGACAACUGUUAGAUAGUGGAAAUGAAAGUGGUCAAACAAGCUUUGAUAGUUCAGGAAAGUUAGAUGAUCCUUCAAAAAUUGGUAAAGUGGGUUCUGUUCUGAACGAUCAACCGAAACCAACAAAUCUUAAGAAAGAAACAGGCGAGGAUCCUGUUAAGAAAAGUGAAGCAAGUGAAAGUUUGAAUGUUGAAAGUAAACCUGACACUAAACUUCAAAGCGAGAAAGUGGAAUUGGCUCAAAGCCAACCUUUAGAAAUAAAUGAUAGUAAAAGCGAUAACUACAUACUGUCAGAUGUAAAAGAAAUCAGUUCCACAGCUAAGGACACCAAUGUGAUACCAGCUCCUCAAAAAGUAAAAGACGGUGGAACAACUAUUGAAUUGAAAGAAACUUCCGAGUCUGCUGAAACCAAUCUGAAAUCUCCAACUCCCCCAAUGGAAAAACCUUCAAAUUUAGUAGAGAAAUUGGAAUUGACCAAAAAGGACUCACAGUCUCUUCCAGCAAAAGAUGAAACUCCGGUAAAUAAGGACUCAAGUUUGGAAGAAAAAUCCAAGUCUACCGAAAGAACUGCACAACCAAUACCAGCUAAUCUCGAGGUUUCAAAUGAGAAAAAACCAAAAGAGUCUGUAGGAGACCAAACUAAAACGCAAGAAAGCCAUCCCGAUAAGCUACAUACUUCCUCGACUGGCAAAUCAUCUGAAGAAACGAAAAAAAAAGGGAAACCUGUAGUAGGGGCAAGUGAUCCUGAUAACUCUGUACUUGAAACUACGGAAAAUGUUGCUGUCCAUGCUAAAGACGAACCUUCCCUAACAAGCGGGAAACCUAUUGACUCCAAAAAUGAAGCUGAAAUGCCUGUCAUCAUCGAGCCUACAAUCGAGCCUGAUAGUCUCGAACCAGACUAUACCUCUCCACGGUCAGAUGUAGAAAAUAUGGAUAUUUCAAUGUACGGAGAGGACUCCUUGGAAGCAAUGUACUACAGCUUAAAGAAACAUGAGAUGCUGCUAGAUAAAAUGCACAAGCAGGCGUCAGUGUGCAAGAGUGCUUCUUCAGAAAGACCGAAGCUAGACGCUACUGUUGAAAAUGUAAGCGAAGGUACAUCAAGUACAUCUGAUACUUCACAAGAAGAAAAUUCGCAAAUAAAAGAUGCUGACAAAAAGCCUGCGAAUGAGGACAAGUCCCAAGAAAAUGAUACACAAAAAUCGACACCCGAUUUGGAUAAUAAGGUUGCAUCAGUUGAGGAGAAUUCGGAGCUAACAGUAGAAAUAGCUCCCGUUAAAGAAAGAAGACUUUCGCGAAAUGAUUCAUACUACGAAGCCUGCUUGUCUCGCCCUAUAACUAGCGCCAGUAUCUCUCCUAGAACCAAAGCGGAACUUGACUCUGAGAACCCAAUUGAAUUAUCUAGAAAGCGAACUGAACAUUUUAUCAAACAACUUCAUACUCCAUCCACUGACAAAAACAUAUCUAUUGAUGUCGAUGAAACCACCAAUGAUGAAAUCCGUCGAAAUAUGCUUGCUUAUUCUAUGUCCGAAGCUGACUCUGACUACUGUGAACCAGGAGAGCGUACCAAUGCACUCUUCAAUGAUUUCAAUAUAAGCACAGCAUUCGAAACCACCCCUUCAACGGACACUGAUUCCACAAUUAUCUCGGCUGUGACAAAAAUUCAAGCAGGUGCCAGAGGAUUUCUGACUCGUCGACGUUUGCGACGUGCUAGCGUGGCUACUACCUCAUUUCCAGAACGAAAACCUUCAUUCGGUAAUGAUGCAAUCGGAGAAUCUCUGGAAGACUUUAUCGGUGAAGAAGAUGCUGCUAAACGAAUUCAGAAAUCAUUCCGUCGCUACAGAAAUCGAAAAACCAGGCAAUCGGCACCUUCGCUAAGAAAUAAUGUUACCGAAGAAAGCUCGUCUAAAUCAUCCAACAGUUCCGAUGAAAAAGUCAUGAAAAUAAUAGACGUCAAACUAGAGCACAAGCCAAGCGCACCUAAAGGUAACCAGGAGGAAGGGAAAAUCAAUGAAAGCGACCAGAGAAACGAUUUAGGAAAGAUAGAGUCACGUGAAACGACACUGUCUGAGGAGAAGAAGCAAGAGCCUGGAAUGAGCCUAGAUGGGUUGAAUUUAGCCGCUAGACGGAUGACCUUGCAACGGGGUGAUGCCGUACAAAGCAACUCUACUGGCGAGGACGAGAGUAGUUCAACGUCUGGAAAUGGAAGUGAAGAACGCGCUGAUAUUAAUCAGAGCUCUAAAAAGCAGCUGCCAAGAGCAAAAUCUUCGGGUACAGAGCGUGCCGAAAAGAAGAAGCCGGAACCACGAAACGAUGUGGAGAGGAUUAAGCGGUUUGGAACACGACAAAGGACAAUGCCUGUCCAGAUUGAUUUUGAAAUUUUACGCGUUUUGCCGAAACACUUGAGAAAACGUAUCCAGAGUGCAGAGCAUCAAAAUAAACGCAAAACGGAUUUGUAAAAAUGAGCUAUCUGGAGGAAUUCCUUUUUCAAAAUUUGAAUUUUGUCAAAUUAUUGCUAUAAAAAAUAAUGAAAACAUUGGAAAUCUUUUGGAAAAACUUCGAAUAAAGAAAACAAAAUUAUCUAAUAUUAGUGCAGCUUGCUACUAAAUCCUGUAUAUUGGCAAUAUGACAAUAUAUUGUUGCAAUCUACUGAAUUGAUCGCUAUAUUAAUAUAAAUAUUAAAGGCACCUAAAAUUUUAUGAGCAAAUAAAUUCCAUUGUCUUAGUAAAAUUAGUUGUAUUUCUAUUUGCAAAAUAUUGUUACGAAUUUAGCUUUUACGUACUUCCACCGCUGUCACCAAUUGU